CGCCGUCGCCACUACAGUUGGAGCCUAUGAGGACGUAUCUGUAGCGUACAGAGACUGAAGGCUCGAACGCUUAAAAGAUACGUGAAAUUAAUUGUUUGAAAUCGUUUGGAAUACUGGUUCGGUUCGUUUGCUGUUUACGGUGCAUCAAUAGUUUCCGUCAAACCGAAAAUCGGAGUGCGAACGAUUCAUUUUUCAUAGUUUAAACCAUCUUCUCGUUCCAGUGAAAAGUGUGCGUGCGCGUUGUGUUCGUCCGAAUGGUUCAUGAUGCGCGACGGACGAUUUGUAAAAGUGUUCCAAGGAAUGUAUUCGUGCCGUAACUAUUGAAACGCUCGUAUCCCGGAGAUAUUUCGCGUUUCGCAGAAUGCGUCGACCAAAUUAUUGUACGAUCGAUUCGUUCGAGGGCGUAGAAAAUUAAUAACGUAACUCUACUUAGCAAUAUUAAUUCGGCGCGUCUUUCAAAUCGCGUUUAGCAGUCCUCUUAACGCCCAGUUAUGGCUAUCUACUAUACUACAGCUUCGGAUCCAAUUCGUCUACUAUUGGUUUAAUAUUCAAUUUUCGUGAUCUGUUCGUCACGGUGUGUAUGAAAACGUCGUAAUUAUUAGCAAAUUAUGUAACUAGCGACAGUUCUACUGAGUGAUAAGGGCUAUUACACAUUGUUAGAAUGGAAGAAGAAAUAGUGGUAGAUGAUCUUGAUGAAAAUAGUAGCAUGGAGACUCCGCAAUCAGAUGAUCAGACAGCACCUGUUAUGCCUUUAUUAUACAUCCAACAAAGUAAAUUACGUUCUGCACCACCAACAACCACCAAUCAGGCUUUGGUUUCAUCCAAUGCCACACAACUUGCUGCUAUUAUCAAUCCAGUCAACAGUCAGAUUGUUGCUGGACAGAACAAAGUAUUUAUACAAGGACCAAGUCAGGUUACUACUUCUCAGAGUAAACAGCAUAUUGUAAUUCAUCGGCCAAUUAAUACAGUCAGUACCACAGCAACCACUCAAGGCCAGAAACAUAUAUUGCUUAGAAAAUCUAACACUUCUACUGCUCAGAUCUUACCUUUAAGUCCUUCUCAGGGAAAUCAAACGAAUGCACAAGCAGGCAAGCAUACGUUCGCAUACCUUGGGACUCUCAUUAAACCGAAUAAAUCACGCGAGUCUGUUGUGUUUCCGGCAGGGGCUUUAACAACGACACAGAUAACUAAACCAAAAUUAGUGAUAGCACCAGUUAUAUCACAACUGGCGCAAACAUCUACUAGUACUACCACAGGAUCUCAGAGUCAGGCUCCGAAACACAUGGCGAAUUUAUUACUACCAGUCAGUAUUCCUCAACAGAGUGUACCUACUAAAUCCAGUAUGUUCAAUUUAAAAAUCAACAAUGGUCAGAUUAAUACAGAAAACAAAGGCACUAUUACAGUGUUACGAGAAUCGAAAACUACUAAUUCGGCUACCCAUCCACCACCGUUACAUCCGAUUGCAAAAAGUCUAUUAAACGCGAACAAAGGAAACAAUAAUUCUACGGACAGUAUAAAAAUUACGGAGAAUCCAGACUCCGCGGUUAUUACCCCGAUUCCUAAGAAGGAGGACAUGGGUGUUCCUGAGAAGCGGAAAAAGACGAUAAGUAAUAUAUUGAGAGGAUCGAGCGAGAAACGAAUGAAGAAACAAAAUUUGACAAAGCCGCAUCAAGAUACUGUGGUUAAUGUAAGCUACGCGCUGAGCAGUCCAGAAUCUGAGCAAGAUAAGGAUAAGAAAGUGCAAAACGACGAUGACAUUACUUUGAUUAAAGUGGUUCCUAGCGAAGACAAAACCGUCAAGCUUGCUAACGCCAAUAUGGAUGACGAUAUAAAGAUCGAGAUCAUUAAAACACGCACAAGCUGUGGUGCCGAAUCAAUAACCGACAAUAAAGCUGAUACCAAGAUUGAUAUAAGUAAUCACGAGGACUCGAAAGAUAAUUUGAACACAUUGCAUCAGAAUGAUUCGAAUUUCGAUGCGGCGAAAGUUUUAGACUGGAAGGACGGCGUCGGCACUUUGCCUGGUAGCACGUUGAAGUUUUGCAUGAACGAGUUUGGUAUUAUGGAAGUAGUAGACGAGGAUGAAAACAACAAGCAAAGUAAGGACAGUAUUGGUGACAAAGAAAACGUGUGUUCAACCCAGAAUUCUUCUAAAUCCAGUCCCAUGACCGACAAUAAUGCCAACACCGAAAAGAAAUCCGAUGAUAGGAAACCGAGAACCACGCCAGCAGAUACGAUGUAUCAUUGCCAAGGUUGUGGAUGUUAUGGAUUAGCUGCAGAAUUUGAAAGUCCGAUAUCGUGCGGCCCAUCGUGUACAGAAAUAAUUCAAGCCAAAAGACAGCCUGCGAUGCGGAAAGACAAAGACUUAAAAGAUUUACGCGCGAAACGGAAACGUAAGAGAUUACUUCAGGAACAGCAACAGCCACAGCCGAAGGAACUGGAAGACAUGCCUGAAGAAAAACCACAACCGGAGAAGGUGAAGUCCGAAACAGACGAGGACACAAAGGAAUCUAUAACAACAAUGGACGAAGAGAGUCAAGAUAAAGAUGCUACUGAAUCAAAGUAUCCUUGGCAGACAGGAAAACUGGGCUUCUCAUGGUCUAAAUAUCUCGAACAUUGUAAAGCGAAGGCAGCGCCCGUUAAAUUAUUCAAAGACCCUUUCCCGUAUGCUAAGAAUCACUUCAGAGUUGGAAUGAAAUUGGAAGGAAUAGACCCCGAGCAUCCUUCUCGAUAUUGUGUUCUUACAGUCGUCGAAGUAGUAGGAUAUCGAUUACGUUUGCAUUUCGAUGGAUAUCCAGAGAAUUACGAUUUCUGGGUAAAUGCAGAUAGCAUGGAUAUCUUCCCUGUUGGAUGGUCAGAGAAGAACGGGCAUCGGCUGGAUCCGCCCAAGGGUUACGUUCCUACCAAUUUCAAUUGGAACGCGUUUCUAAAAAUUUGCAAAGCUACUGCAGCACCGAAAAAUAUUUUUGCAAACAAAAGUCAAUCGGUCUGUCCAACUGGUUUCCGCGUAGGAAUGAAAUUGGAAGCUGUAGAUAGGAAGCACUCAUCUCUAGUUUGUGUAGCAAGUAUAGCAGGCCUAAUGGAUUCCCGUAUAUUGGUUCAUUUCGAUUCUUGGGACGAAGUGUACGAUUAUUGGGCAGAUGCAAGUUCACCCUACAUUCAUCCAGUAGGCUGGUGUCAUCACAAUGGUCAUAGUCUUACGCCACCGAACAAUUACAAAGACCCUAAGUCUUUUACGUGGGACGCGUACCUUAGAGAAACCCGUUCUAUGGUUGCGCCAGCGAGAGCUUUUAAACAACGACCUCCGUGCGGAUUUAAACGUGGAAUGAAAUUAGAAGCGGUUGAUAAACGGGUGCCUCAACUGAUAAGGGUGGCGACGGUCGAAGAUGUGAAAGAUCAUAUGCUAAAAAUUCGAUUCGACGGAUGGCCAGAGAAUCAUGGGUAUUGGGUCGAUGACGAUUCUCCGGAUAUACAUCCUAUGGGUUGGUGUAUGAAAACGGGUCAUCCCUUGGAACCACCAUUAACACCAGACAAUUUAAACGACAGACCAGAAUGUGGAACUUACGGUUGUAAGGGAAUAGGACAUGUAAAAGGGCCUAAAUAUGCAACGCACAAUUCUGCAUCAGGUUGCCCGUAUUCUCCUCAGAAUCUUCAUAAAGUUAGACAACUGACUGACAGGCUCAAUCUAAAGCAUGAGAUUUGCGAAUUCGACGAUGACUUACAAGAUAGACCGAAAUUAGAAAAGACUGACAGAAUAAAAAUGGAAAAGACCGAUAAGCUGGAUAAACCAUUGCUUUUAGAGGAACGGUUAUUGAAGACUGAGAAAGAGAUAAAACAGGAAGAUGGAGAGUUCUCCGAUAAGAAUGAAAAGUCUGAGAACUCAGAAAAGUCUAGUAAGUCGAAACAUCAUCAAAGCGAUGGACAAACGGAUGACGAUGAAGUUCUGAGAAAAAGAAAGAAGAGGCGUCAGAUCUCCGAGGAUCCUAUAUACUCUCUCUCAAAUUCCUUUGGCGAUACGUCGCUGACUGCUAUAACUUACGCUGCGAACAUGCCAGACAAGCAAUUGCGUACGGAAUUGUAUCAGUCCGUAUACAAUCCGGGAUACAAUCCAUUGCCAGAUGCGCCGCAUAUAUGGGCUAAACACAGUAAUGCUUUGAAUAGGGUAGUAGCGAAGCAAAACACGAAUCCUCGUCGGUGGUCGAACGAGGAAGUGAUCAAGUUUAUACAGAGCGUUCCAAAUUGUAAAGAGAUUGGAAAUGUUUUCAGGCAACACAAUAUCGAUGGUGAGGCGUUUUUAAUGUUAACGCAAGAAGAUUUGAUAUCAUUGUUGGGAUUGCGACUCGGACCGGCGAUCAAAUUAUAUAAUAGUAUAGUUCUUUUGCGUCGAAGAGCGACGUGAACGACGUGCGAUGAACGCACAUACAAUUGGGUCUUGAAAAGUGCAAAGUGGCAGCUACCUUAACGAUCAGGCUGAAGAUAUUUAUUAAUGAAGAAUAAAACAAUCGUACGAGGUAGAAGCAUAUUUUUUAUCGCGAUCAGUGAUGUAGUUUUUACAAAUCAGUUGGAGCUUAUACAAAUUCUAAUUCAAAUAUGUAAAAAAAGACGAUCAUGUAAAAUCAAAUAUGUGUUUUAAGUUACGUUUUCUAUCGAUCUCGUGGUCUACGAAACGUAAGUAUAACUUGGAUGUACGUGUAUGAUAAAAGUACUUACGAAUUGUCCAUUGUUUUCCUAUACAGUGAAGUGCAUUCAAUCAUGUACAAAUGUAAAUAUUAAUCUUAAUAAUUAAAUAUUGUAAUACAAACAAA